AUGAAGGACGAAACCCUUAAAAAGAUAAUUUUUUCAGAUGAAGUAAAAAUUAACCUAUUUACUAAUGACGAGGUAAGAUAUGUUAGACAUUACCCAGGAGAAAGACAUUACAGCAAAAACAUUCUACCUACACUAAAACAUGGAGGAAGAUGUGUUAUGGUCUGGGGUGUAUAUCAUAUCAAGAUGCUGGUAGACUAG